AUGCUGAUAGAUAAAUCGGUAGGUAGGAAGUGGACUCUGGGUCUGAUAAUGCUAGCCAUAGUGAUUGUGCUGUGGGUGAUGUCAUCUUUCCUGAUCAACUUGAUCUUCGAGGAUAAUAUCUAUAGAAAGCCCUUUUUCAUCACAUAUAUUAAUACAGCUUCAUUCAUUUUCUAUUUGAUACCUACAUUUAAAAACGUUGUACGAAAAUACUUCAGGGAUCGUAACUGGUCUAUACACAAAGAAUUGAUCUUACAAGAAGAAGGGGGUCCAGAGAAUUCGACGACAGAAGAAGGUAGUAGUAGCACUGAUAAUAAUGCCAACGGUACAGAUGUGGUUAGAAGAGUCUCGAUAAAUUCAUCUAACUCUACGUAUGUGGUACGCAAUAGUAAUGAUAAUAGUAAUACUAAUAGUAAUGACACUAUAUCUGCGGCUGCAGCUGCUGUUGCAGUCGCAGCUCGGAGUAGGAAUGGGUCUUUUAGUGCAGCUGAGACCACUCAAUUGUUAUUACCAAGAAAUAGUGUUAGUAGUAUAGUCAGCAUCCGAUUAUCUCUGAAGGAUACAACUAAAUUAAGUGCGCAGUUUUGUGUUCUUUGGUUCUUAGCUAAUUUUGCUACUAAUGCAUCAUUGGCAUAUACUUCUGUCGCAUCACAAACUAUGUUAUCAUCCACUUCAUCAUUUUUCACAUUAUUUAUUGGUGCUUUGGGUCACGUAGAGACAGUGACUAAACCAAAAGUGAUCGGUUCGAUACUUUCAUUUAUAGGGAUCGCAUUGGUGACACAAUCGGAUUCCAUACAUGGACAUUUACCAAUUAAACCCACAGGUCAUAUGCCUCCAACGGAACCAACAACUGAUUUGACAUCGUGGCAAACUAUGAUGGGUAAUCUGCUAGCGGUGGCAGGUGCGAUGUUCUAUGGUAUAUAUAGUACAUUAUUGAAGAUUAAAGUUCAAGAUGAAAGUAUGAUAAAUAUGAAGAUUUUCUUUGGGUUUGUCGGGUUAUUCACAUUGUUAUUCAUGUGGCCUUCUUUGAUCAUCUUACAUUAUAUGGGUUGGGAAACAUUUGUUAUACCUACUCAACCAAAGGUUGUCAUCAUUAUCCUCAUUAAUAUGGUUAUAACGUUUGUUAGUGAUUUCUGUUGGGCAAAAGCAAUGUUAUUAACAAGUCCAUUGACUGUCACUGUAGGGUUAAGUAUUACGAUACCUGUAGCCAUGUUUGGGGAUAUCCUAUUUAAACAUAAGGAAAUGGCAUUAGAAUAUAUGCUAGGUGGAUUAUUGAUUUUAGGGUCGUUCGUUAUUAUUAGUAAAAAUACAGAAGCAGAGGAAGAAGGAGAUAUACAAACGUUAUACGAUUCACGAUCAAAUUCAAAUGAUGGAAAUUAA